GUGAGUGCAUUAAGUACAUUAAACGAUGAUGAUGAUGUGUCAGAUUCGAACAGUUUAUACUCAUCAGAGGAAGAUAUAAAUAAGACAAAUGUUCGUGCAAAGACAUUAGGAAGUGAUGGACCACAUGUUUCAAGUGUGAGGUAUGGGGAUAAUCGUCCUCCCCAAGGAGGAGGAGAAUCCUCUGUAAGGAGGGGAGGAGUAGGCUCCUCCGACUCCUCCUCCCUUAAAAAGGGAGGGGGGGGAAAUGUCCCCCCCUUUGAGGAUCCUUUUGCCUCAUUACGGGAAUUGCAUACCCAUGCGGAACAGUGGAACAACCAACGAGAUGCGAGAAAUGUAAAGGAUCAAUUUCGAAGAAUUUGUAAAAGAAUCUUUUGUCGUCGUGCCAUGAAACAUAGAAGUAUAUUGUUAUUAAUAUUGGGUAUGGUGGCCCUUGGUUUAUUUGUUUUGUAUUGUGGAAAAUUCAAUAUAAAACAUACCGACUGUACUUACAUGGAGACCAUAUACGGUUGGAAGGAAUUUUACACCUCCCUUAAAAAUAAUUCACCGUAUUCAAUGGCAGCACAUGCAAUAUGCACUGCAUUGGGCAUCCUUAUAUUAAUCGCUUUCCUCGGAUACAAUUAUUAUAAAGCACGCAAAAAAUACAUCGAAAAAAAAAAAAACAACAAAAUUCUUUAA